CGGUAAUUCUCUCAAAUCAAUAAAAAUUCAAAAAAAAUAUUUCACGUGAUAUUUGACGUUUGUGUGACUAAUUGACUAAAAUUAUUCCUAUUUUUCUCAAAUCCAAAUGAUGGCACAGAUCGAUGCCCAUAUCAAACAGCCAAACGGUUCGAUUGAAACAAUAUUAGAUCUAAGUAAUGAUGAUGAAAAAUCACGAAAAGAAAUUCAAACAAUUUCUGAUCGUAUUGAACAACAAAAUCUAAAUGAUAAUAAUGAUGUCGAAAAUUGCAAUAAUAAAACAACAACAACCGAAUCAUCAUCGAACGAAUCAUUUGUCCAAUUGUUUAAAAUGUUUGCCAAAUUUGGUGAUUGUAAAUCAACAGGCGAAACAAUUACAUUAUCCAAUAGUGAUAAAUGGUUUAAACAGGCUAAAAUUAUUGAUCCAUCAAAUCGAACAAUAACAACAACAGAUACUGGAAUCUAUUUCAAACAGGUUUCCAAGACCAAAAAAACAUUGAAUUUCAAAGAAUUUAAUUUAUUUUUGGAAAAAUUGGCUACCGUAAAAAAAAUCGACUUAACGGAAUUGAAAAAUAAACUUCAACAAAGUGGACCACCAGCUACAAAUAAAACAACAACUGCUGUAACAAGUGGUGCUAUCGGUCGACUAACUGAUCAUACAAAAUAUACUGGAUCACAUAAACAACGAUUUGAUGAAUCGGGUAAAGGACGUGGAAAAGCUGGUCGUGUUGAUGUUACACCUAAUACUGGUUAUGUUUCUGGAUUCAAAUCGACAACUUGAAAAAAAAGGAUUGUUUCUUUCGAAUCAAUGCAUCCUGAUUAUUCAUAGUUUUGUUUUUGUUUUUGCAAUCAUCUGCAUUUGUUUUAGAUGAUAUAAUUUAUGUCUAAUCUUCAUCAUAUUCUACAUUAACUUUAUCCAUAUUUAUAUGCACAGAUUUGAAAAUAUCCAUUUUUAACAAUAUGUGUCAUCAAUAAUCAUAUUUAACAUAAUAAA